AUGCAUUCAACUCCAUCACGACCAAACUCCUCAUCUUCUUCAUCCCCAUCAACCCACGUAACCUUUGCCAAUCAAGUAACCGACGACGUCCACUCUCUCUACAUUACCGAAAUAUAUCCGGAAGCAUACAUUCCUUGUAACUCGGCCAGUUCUUCUGCAUUCAACUCAGCAAAUUCUAGUCCAUUUGGCAGUCCGUUAUUAUUCCCACGACAAACGCCAACUUUGAAUCCGGAUUUUCACAUGUUUGUUCUUCCUACGCCUCCAGCUCGUAUCAUUCGUAAACCAUCGCAGACGAUGGCGAGUCAACGUAAUUCCGUGUUGUUGGAUCCGAUUUUGGAGGAGGAAGAUGCGUCUUCCCAAAGAGAUUUGAGCAAAGACGACGUCAUGAGAAAUAAAUAA